UUCAUGGACGGGUAGCAAUCCACAAUCAUCUCUGCUCGCUUUCUAUUCGACGUAAAAUAUUUGAAAGCAAAAAUGGAACAAUCAAGAUUAGCUGCCGCUGCAACGAGAUUUUAUAGGUUGCUCUAUUUAGCCCGCCACAACCAAGCUGCACAGCGGCGUUUUGCAGCCGUUGCCACUGGUCGUACAGGUGAUCCAGCUGUUUACUCCGAGGAACGGAACCGUGAACUGAAACCUGCUGUUUAUUCAGGAGAUCCUGAAGAGACGGAAAAUAAAUACGAGCCUGAAUCAGCCAAGAGAGAUGUAGAAUCAGAAGCAGAAACAGAAUACAGAACGACAUCCAGUAAAGGAACAGAAGCACUAACACCGCCAAGACCGCCACAUGCUUCAUCUCCAAGGCUUGUAAGCAUUGGAGUGAAUAAUCCUGUAGAACCUCAUAUUCAACAAAAACGUGAGAAUUCAACCUUGGAAGAAACAAGUUGCGCUGGGCUUGAUGGAACGCCCUGGCCAAAGCAGAAAGAAAAGGGAGAAGAGGAAGACGAGGACGAGAACGAGUAUUACAGACAUCAUAAAGCAUCUCCGUUAUCAGAGAUUGAGAUUGCAGAUACUAGAAAGCCGAUAACGAGAGCAACUGAUGGCAGUGCAGAUGCUGGGAAAGGCAGAGAUGUAAUUGGCUGGCUGCCGGAGCAGCUCGAGACUGCUGAAGAGACGAUGGAAAGAGCUCGUAGGAUAUGGACAGAGAACGCUACGCGUGGUGAUCCUGAUUCUCCUCAAGGACGGGUUCUUAGAGUUCUUCGUGGGGAGUGGUUUUGAAUUUCUUGUGGCUUUGUGUAUUUCGUUUUGAGUGUUAGCUCAGAUUUUGACUUGGCUAUCCCAAUUGUAUGAUAUAAAAAUAAUAAUAAUAAUAAUAAAACAAUUUGGCUAA